AUGGUAGACAAUACAUCUACUCAUACUCGAAAAGCUGGCGGUGUUCGAUUUACUGCCGAUGCAACAGAUUCAUUAGACAAUCAUGAAGAGAAUCCACAUAAAUCAACUAAAUUACAAUGGCAAGAAUGCUGUGAUAAUAAUUGUUCCUUUGAAUUAUAUUUUGGUAUUUUGAAACUUUCUCAUAUUUACUCAAUGACACUGGAUGUUGUUUUCCUUCAAACUCCUAUUCAAUUAGAAACAAUUCUUGAUCAUCAACAUACACGUGGAUUACAACUAUCCAUCAAUCAAUUGCCAGAAUCUCAUUCAGAAAAUCAAACUAGUUUCGAAGUUGAACUUAUAAUUCAUCCAGAAACUAUACCUGGUCCUUUUCAUCGAACAUUUGUAUUAAAAGAAAUCUCAACAUCACAACAAAGAUCUGUUACAGUAAAUGUAAAUGGAAAAAUAUUACGACAAGGUCAAGGUACAGCAACAUUAAAACAUGGAGUUCAUAUGAAAUCAGUAAUAACGGAAGAAAAAGAUGACGAACAAUAA